GCCAUAUUGCGGUGAUACAGCGGGUUUAUUGUGUUCGGUUCAUCAUGCUGUCUGCACAAACUUAUGGUGAGAAUGGAAAGAUGAAAGAAUAUCACUACGCGGGACCAGUGGAGCAUAAAUUCUCUCCUUAUGCCUUCAACGGAGGGACUGUGCUGGCCGUGGCUGGUGAAGACUUUGCUAUUGUGGCUUCAGACACACGUUUAAGCGAGGGAUACAGCAUCCACAGCCGUGAUUCCCCUAAAUGCUACAAAUUGACGAACACUACUGUGCUCGGCUGCAGUGGUUUCCAUGGCGACUGCUUGACCCUAACCAAAAUCAUUGAGGCAAGACUGAAGAUGUACAAGCAUUCAAAUAAUAAGACCAUGACCAGUGGAGCCAUCGCAGCUAUGCUGUCAACAAUCCUGUAUGGAAGGCGUUUCUUCCCUUACUAUGUGUACAACAUCAUCGGUGGUCUGGAUGAGGAGGGUCGAGGUGCAGUUUAUAGUUUUGAUCCGGUUGGAUCUUACCAGAGAGACACUUACAAAGCAGGUGGCUCAGCAAGUGCAAUGCUGCAGCCUCUUCUGGACAACCAGAUUGGAUUCAAAAACAUGGAGAAUGUGGAGCAGCUGCCCCUGACUCAGGAGAAGGCCGUGCAGCUGGUGAAGGAUGUGUUCAUCUCCGCUGCAGAGAGAGACGUCUAUACUGGAGAUGGCCUCAAGAUCUGUAUCAUCACCAAGGAAGGCAUUAGAGAAGAGAUUGUGCCACUGAGGAAAGACUGAGACGUCUUGUCUGCCAAAAUUAGUCUGUUUUUGUUUUUCUACAGUUGCAUCCAUCUUUCUGCUGUUCUUUUUAUAUUCUUUCUCAAGAAUAAAUAUGUUACCAAUAUCAAUGUUGUACAUUCAAGGAAUAUUCCUGGAUUAAUACAAAUUAUGCUCAAUCGACGGCAUUUGUGGCAUAAUCUUGAUUACAACAAAACAAAAUUUUGUCUCUCAUUCUCUUUUAAAAAAAAAAUCUUUGUUCCAGAGAGGCACUUAAAAUUGAAGUGAAGAGGGGCAUUCUGUAAACAUUACAGUACUCGCUGUUUCAAAAGUAUAGCCACAAGACAAGCAAUAUGCAUGUUAACAUGAUUUUACUGUGAUAAAAUGACUUCCCUUUUCUGUGUACAGUUACAUGUACAUUUAAUCUUUUUACAACUUUGUUGCCAUGAUGACAUAAUGCUGUAAACAUUUAAACUGUGAUUUAAACAACUUCAAACAACAACAAAAAAAGCUCAUAUUAU